AUGUCCUCUAGAGGUAACCAACGAGGUCGCGGUGGAGGCGGUCGCGGUGGAUCAAGGGAGCUUCCUUACCGCUCCGGAGGUGAUAACCGUGGUCGAGGUGAUUUCAGAGGUCGGAGUGACGGUAGGGGCCGAGGAAGAGGGGAUGGUGGAGAUCGAGGAGGAAGAGGUCGUGGACGAGGCGACUUUCGUGGAGGCCAUGGAGGCCGUGGAAGUCGUGGAGGAGGGCCUCCCAGAGAACAGGGUCCCCGGAUCUUUACCAACCCGAGUGGUCAGGCUGCAGCAUCACCCGAAGUUACAAAAAUCGAGGAUGCAACCGCCAAAGCUCUGGCAGUCAAGAACCAAAAGACUCCAGGUCAGCCUCGUUAUCCAGAACGACCAGGAUAUGGAACUCAGGGACAGCCUGUUAAACUCUACGCUAAUUACUUCGAAUUGAAGUCAUUGGGCAAAGAACUUUUCCGCUACCAUGUCGACAUCGGUGGUGAUUCUGUCGGCCGCAAGCCCACCGGGAAGAAAGCUCGUCAAGUCGUUCGACUGCUGCUCGAUGAGCACUUUCUUCAAUACCAAAACAGCAUUACCACAGACUACCGUUCCACGCUUGUGUCGAGGAUUGAGCUCCCGAAAAAGGGAACCUAUAAUGUUCGUUACCGCGACGAGUAUGAAGACGAAUACCCAGAGAACCCCAAGGCCUACAAGGUCACUUGCCAGUUCACGGGCAAGCUCAAUCCUUCCGAUCUGUUAGAUUACUUGACAUCCUCCAAUGCUUCGGCCAUGCUCGAGUCCAAGGCAGAGAUUAUUCAGGCUAUGAAUAUCGUCCUGGGUCACCAACCGAAAUCCGAUCGAUCCAUCAUAUCGGUUGGUGCAAACAGACAUUACGCGAUAUACCCAGAUUUGGCGGAGAAAUGCAGCUUAGGAGCUGGGCUUGAGGUCCUCCGGGGCUUCUUCGUCAGUGCUCGUGCAGCAACAGCCCGUAUUUUGCUCAAUGUGCAGGUCAAGUAUGUGGCCUGCUACCAGGAAGGCCCAUUGGUGAACGUUAUCAUGGAGUACCAACGUGGCAAUUCCUCAAACAUCUACAAACUUGAGGCUUUCCUCAAGAAAUUGAGAAUUCGGGCGACCCACAUCCCCAAGAAGAACAAGAAGGGACAGCAUGUUCCAAGAAUAAAGACAAUUGCAGGCCUGGCCACUCGUGCUGACGGAUCGUCGCUACCUCAGCCUCCUAAGGUGUUUCACCACGGGGCUGGCCCUCGAGAUGUUCAGUUCUUCCUUGACCAGCCGGGCCAACAGCCAUCGCCUCAGGGCCAGGCCGGAAAAACACCUAGCAAGAAGGGCAAGAAACAGCCCAAAGCUGGCCCAGCGCAGGCUGGCAAGUACAUCACCGUGGCCGACUUUUUCCGUCAGACGUAUAAUAUGAACCUUGACCCCAAGAUGCCCGUGAUGAACGUCGGGAACAGACAGAACCCAUCCUACCUGCCGGUUGAGGUUUGCAUGGUUGAGCAGGGUCAGCCUGCAGGUGCCAAGCUCAGUGGAGACCAAACUCGACACAUGUUGAACUUUGCCGUUCGGACGCCUGCGCUAAAUGCCGGGUCUGUCGUGAACCGUGGAAAUCGCGUACUUGGCUUGGCUGGGCAGAACCCUACUCUGGCCAAUUUCAACAUCCAGCCAGGGCUUGACCUUGUCACUGUUCCUGGCCGUGUUCUUCCCGCGCCUCGCGUCUACUACAAGGACAAUAGGUCGCAACAGAAAUCGGUCAGUCCUAUGAAUGGCGGCUGGAACAUGAAGGCAAUCCGAUUCUCGCAGGGUACCAAACUGGCGUCUUGGUCGUGGCUUUACUUUAAUGCUCCCAGGGCGAGGCAGCACUUCAAUGGCACCGACGAUUUGUCUGCUUCUCUGGAGGGUCUCGCUGCGAAGUUGAAUGAAAUGGGCGUCGCGACAUCGGUACCAAAGCCUGGAGAGAAAAUCGAUCUGUCCGGACAGAACACGGAAAAGGAAGUCAAUAACGCGAUUUCUGAUUUGAUUGCCCGCCACCAGCCUACGUUGAUAUUCGCUAUUCUCCAUAGUAGUGACAGUGAACUGUACAAGUGUGUGAAGCAGGUCUGUGACAUCCGUCAGGGUGUACGCAACAUCUGCGUACUGGCCGAUAAGCUGAAGGGAGCCAACGACCAGUACUAUGCCAACGUCGGUCUCAAGUUCAACCUGAAGCUUGGUGGGGCUAACCAAUCUUUGCGGCCGGUGGACCUGGGUAUCAUCAGUGAGGGAAAGACUAUGCUCGUGGGAAUUGAUGUCACACACCCGUCCCCCGGUUCCGCUGGCAACGCUCCCAGUGUCGCCGGCAUGGUAGCCUCCGUGGACCAGUACCUGGGCCAAUGGCCCGCUGAGAUCAAGAUCCAGACCUCCCGACAGGAGAUGGUCUCCAACCUUGACUCCAUGCUCAAGACCUGUCUCCAGCGCUGGGCCCGGAUGAACAAGAACAACUACCCCGAGAACAUCAUCGUCUAUCGUGACGGUGUCUCGGAGGGCCAGUACGACAUUGUCCUUGACGAGGAACUCCCGCUUCUCAAGAAAGCCUGCGAGGAGACCUACCUGGCGACCUUAACCAAGAAGCCCCUCCCACGCAUCUCCAUCAUCAUCGUUGGCAAACGUCACCACACCCGCUUUUAUCCCACAUCCGACGCAGAUGCCGACCGCGGCGCCAACUCGAAGAAUGGCACCAUCGUGGACCGCGGUGUCACUGAAGCCCGCAACUGGGACUUCUUCCUGCAAGCCCAUGCAGCCAUCAAGGGCACCGCCCGUCCCGCUCACUACUUCACCGUCUGGGACGAGAUCUUCGCGCACCAGAAACCCGCCCCGGGAUCCCCGUUCCAGAGUGCCGCGGAUAUUCUCGAAGACCUAACCCACCGCAUGUGCUACCUCUUUGGACGUGCCACUAAGGCAGUCAGUAUCUGCCCGCCAGCGUAUUAUGCGGAUUUGGUCUGUGAGCGUGCUCGUUGCUACCUGAGUCAAUUGUUUGACCCAACGCCUGCGGCCACACCGUCGGGAAGCCUCAGUAGUGGUGCUGCUGGGGGCUCGGUGCUUGGAGAUGUUGCAAUUCACCCGAAUGUGCGUGACACGAUGUUUUACAUCUAA